GAAGGCUAUUUGCAGCAUCGUUGACGUCAACCCUUGGCUUUGCCAAACCGCGGCUACACACGGCUUGUGAAUACCCCCCCUCCUCCCAAACAUUUCAACCCUCUUCAGACUUACCAAACAUUUCAACCCCCUUCAGACUUACCAAACAUUUCAACCCCCUUCAGACUUACCAAACAUUUCAACCCCCCCAGACUUACCACUAUACCAAUACCACACAACUUGAGCUCCGCUCUUUCUUUCCUCCCAACCGCCAAAAUGCCCGUCACCAAGUUUACUACUCCCGAGAAAUACAGAUAUCAGAAUGGCUUCCAGUCCUACCAUGAGUAAGUCAUCCUGCGCAUCAAGUACAGUACAUCCAGUCCUUACAUUGUUGACCAUUAUUCCACAGGUCAGAAGCUAUUGCUGGAGCUCUCCCCAUAGGUGCCAACUCCCCACAGAAGCCUCCCUACGAUCUUUACGCAGAAAAGCUAUCCGGAACAGCCUUCACCGCACCACGUCAUGAAAAUCAGCAAUCAUGGCUGUACAGAGUACUUCCUGCCGCCUCCCACAUGCCCUUUAAGCCCCGCGAACCUCGGCCAUACAACACGAACCCUGAGGGCAGCAAAAUGCACCAAAUACCAAAUCAAUUGCGAUGGGAUCCGUUCGAUAUAGACGAAACAGUGGAUUGGGUACACAGUCUCCACUUGGUUGCCGGAGCUGGCGAUCCGACCAUGAAAUCGGGUAUCGGCAUCUUCAUCUUCGCAGCCGGAAAGAGCAUGUCAAAAAACGAAGCAUUUUACAGCGCGGAUGGAGAUUUCCUGAUUGUCCUGCAACAUGGCGUAUUGGACAUACAAACCGAGCUGGGUCAUAUUCUGGUGCGACCCAACGAGAUCUGCGUAAUACCGAGAGGAGUCAGAUACCGUGUGGAGCUUUCAGAAGGCCCGGUUCGUGGAUAUAUCCUUGAAUUAUACCAAGACCACUUCCAGCUCCCAGAAUUGGGACCAAUUGGUUCCAAUUGCCUUGCCAAUGCACGAGAUUUCCAAGCUCCGGUAGCUUCAUUUGAUGACGACACAACUGGUCAAUAUACCAUCAUCUCCAAGUUCAACGGACAUUUGUUUUCUGCAAGCCAAGGACAUACUCCAUUCGAUGUUGUAGCUUGGCAUGGUCUCUACUAUCCCUAUAAAUAUGAUCUUGGUCGGUUCAACGUCAUUGGAAGUAUUUCUUUCGACCAUCCUGACCCAAGUAUUUUCACGGUCCUUUCUGCUCCCUCUCCUACGUUCGGCACAGCUAUUGCGGAUUUCGUUAUUUUCCCACCACGUUGGCUUGUUGGCGAAGACACAUUUCGACCUCCAUGGUACCACAGAAAUACCAUGUCCGAAUUCAUGGGUUUGAUCGGGGGAGAAUACGAUGCUAAGACUGGUGGAGGCUUUCAACCAGCUGGCGCAAGUUUGCACAAUAUCAUGUCUGCACACGGACCGGAUGCUGGUACACACGACAAAGCUUCCAAUGCAGAGCUAAAGCCCACGAAAGUCGGUGAGGGGAGUAUGGCAUUUAUGUUUGAGAGUUGCUUGAUGGUUGGAGUUACGGAAUGGGGACUGAAGCAAUGUAAGAAGGUACAGGAAGAUUAUAAUGAAGAGAGCUGGACUCCUUUGCCCGCUCACUUCAAGCUGUCUGGGGAUAUGAAGAAGGUUAGUAAUUUGGCCGAUAGUUGA